CACGCGUCGACUGCCCUCAUUCUCACUUCCGGUUUCCAGCCCGCGCUUUAGCCGUUGCGUGUGUGGCCAACUAGUGUGUGUCUGGCCGAGAGGCUGACGUCGUGUGUGUUGCGCAGGUUUCUACACACAGUCCCACAUGUCCCGUUCAUCGGUCAUGCCAAGGAUCUACAUCGGACGGCUCAGCCAUCGGGCCCGCGAGAGGGACGUGGAGCGCUUCUUUAAGGGCUUCGGGAAGAUCGUGGAGGUGGAUCUGAAGAAUGGCUACGGAUUUGUGGAAUUUGAAGAUAUUCGUGAUGCUGAUGAUGCCGUGUAUGAAAUGAACGGCAGAGAUCUAUGUGGUGAGCGCGUCAUUGUGGAACAUGCUCGUGCACCACGGAGAGAUUUGCGCAGUGGCUAUGGCUACCGUAAAAGUGGCAGUGACAAGUUUGGACCUCCAGUUCGCACAAUGUAUCGCCUGAGGGUGGAAAACUUAUCUACAAGGUGCAGUUGGCAGGACUUAAAGGACUUUAUGCGGCAGGCAGGGGAAGUUACUUUUGCUGAUGCUCAUCACCGUCGGCCCAAUGAAGGAGUGAUAGAAUUUCGUUCGUUUUCUGACAUGAAGAGAGCAUUAGAAAAACUAGAUGGCAGAGAAGUGAAUGGUCGAAAGAUCCGUCUUGUGGAGGAUAGAGCUGUGUCGUUACCCAAACGCUCUUCUUCUCGCAGCCGCUCAAGGUCACGAUCAUGGAGGAGCAGCAACUCUAGAUCUAGAUCUCGAAGCAGGAGCAGACGACGAGACCAAAGAAGCAGAAGUCGCAGUGGAGACAGAAGCAGAAGCAAAAGUCGUAGCAGAAGUGUAAGCAAGAAAAGAGGACGAAGCCGUAGCUACAGUAGAGACAGAAGCAGAAGUCUGAGCAAGUUACGAAAAAAUAGAGAUAGUAGAAGCCGCAGUACAGAACAAAAGAGGAGCAUAAGUCGAAGUAGGAGCCGUAGCAAGAUGAGGGACAGCAGAAGUAAUGAACCUAGUCCUAAAAAGAGGCGGGAAAGAAAUGGAAGUAAAGAAAGUCCUGUAAAGGUGUCUAGAGAAAGGGAAAGAAGUCUGAGUAAUGAUAGAGAGAGAAGCCACAGCAAGGAAAAGAGGGAUAGUAAGCGACGAAAGGAUAGGAACAGAAGCCGAAGCAAGGAUCGGAGAGACAGAAGUAGGACCAGGGAUAGAAAGAAUAGGAAUAGAAGCCGGAGCAAAGAUAGCAGAGGCAGGAGUCGCAGCAAUGAAAAGGAGAGAAGCAGGAGCCGCAGUGAUAGAUACAGUCACAGCAAAGAGAGAAGCAGAAGUCGCAGCAGAGAAGAAAGGAAAAGAAAGCGUGCAAGUAGUAGAGACAGGAGCCGCAGCAAAGAAAGAAGCAGAAGGAAUGGUAAAAGAAGUCACAGCCGGGAGAGAAAACGUGCCCGUGAAGUACGGAGCAGCAGUGCUGAGCCUUCUAUCAAAAAAGAGGAAGCUGUAGCAUUUACUACAGAAUCAGAUCAAGAAAUAGAGGAAGGUGAGAUUGUUUGCAAUGAGGAUGGUAACCGUGAUCUUGGCAAAACUGCUCCACCUUCACCACCACGUCCUGCUGAAGCUACUUUUUCAGAGGAGAUAGAGGAAGAAGCUCAGUCAGUUGGCUCUCCUUUCAAACUAGAGGAAGAAGCUCAGUCAGUUGGCUCUCCUUUAAAACAAGAGGAAGAAGCUCAGUCAGUUGGCUCUCCUUUUAAACAAGAGGAAGAAGCUUCAUCAGUAAGCUCUCCUCCUAAACAAGAGGAAGAAGCUUCAUCAGUAAGCUCUCCUCCUAAACAAGAGGAAGAAGCUUCAUCGGUAAGCUCUCCUCCUAAACAAGAGGAAGGAGCUUCAUCAGUAACCUCUCCUCCUAAACAAGAGGAAGAAGAUUCAUCAGUAACCUCUCCUCCUAAACAAGAGGAAGAAGAUUCAUCAGUAACCUCUCCUCCUAAACAAGAGGAAGAAGCUUCAUCAAUAAGCUCUCCUCCUAAACAAGAGGAAGAAGCUUCAUCAGUAAGCUCUCCUCCUAAACAAGAGGAAGAAGCUUCAUCAGUUAGCUCUCCUUCUAAACAAGAGAAAGCUGCAUCAGAUAGCUCUCCUUCCAAACAAGAGGAAGAUCCAUCAGAUAACUCUCCUCCCAAACAAGUAGAUCCAUCAGAUAACUCUCCUCCCAAACAAGAGCCAUCAGUUACCUCUUCUCCCAAACAGUCUAGACCAGCCUCCCCUGCAGAGCCUUGACAUUUUUUUUUUCUUGAAUUUCUUUCUUACAGAGUUGCACUCUGCCCCCUAUGUUGAUGUUUUAUAUUUAUUUUGGAAAUUAAAACAUUUUUAAUAUAUAGAACUCCUGGUUUAUAAGAAUUUCCCCAAUAUUUUGUUUUCAGAAGAAAAUUGUUGCUUUAAAGUGAAUCUGUCACUUGAAUUAUGCUUGCUGAACUGACAAAACAGUCUAGCAGGGAUUAGUGUUGCUAUUAAAGGCAUAUAGGUUUAUGUGGAUUUGGUUGCUUUAUUCUGUAUA